CAUACUCCUCAUGUUUUAAGUACCUUUUCCUGAUGACACUGACAUCUGUCUGUCUGUUUGAGUUGGAGGAUUCUCUCAGAGUGAGUGCUCACGUCACAGAGGAUCUUUGUGCCGGAGUCCAGAAUGGCAGGCAGCGCGUGGAGGUCAAUGCUGUCCCAGGUGGUGGGUGGGGUGGUGAGGAGACCCGCUCUGUCUUCAGCUUCCUUUUCCAGAGGGAUGCAGACGGUCACACUGAUCCCUGGUGAUGGGAUUGGACCAGAAAUCUCUGCUGCUGUCAUGAAGAUCUUUGAGGCUGCAAAAGCUCCGAUCAGAUGGGAGGAGAGGAAUGUGACGGCGAUAAAAGGACCCGGCGGGCGGUGGAUGAUCCCCCCUGAUGCUAAAGAGUCCAUGGACAGGAGCAAGAUCGGACUGAAAGGACCCCUGAAGACGCCCAUCGCUGCAGGUCACCCCUCCAUGAACCUGCUGCUCAGGAAGACCUUUGACCUCUAUGCCAACGUGCGCCCCUGUGUCUCCAUUGAGGGCUACAAGACCCCGUACACUGACGUCAACCUGGUGACAAUCCGAGAGAACACGGAGGGCGAGUACAGCGGCAUCGAACAUGUGAUCGUGGAUGGCGUUGUUCAGAGCAUUAAACUGAUCACAGAAGAAGCCAGCAGACGCAUCGCGGAGUAUGCCUUCGAGUACGCCAGAAACAACCAAAGAAACAGUGUGACGGCCGUCCACAAAGCCAACAUCAUGCGAAUGUCAGAUGGUCUGUUUCUGAGAAAAUGUCGUGAAGUGGCAGAAAACUACAAAGACAUCAAGUUCACUGAGAUGUACCUGGACACUGUUUGCCUCAAUAUGGUUCAGGAUCCAACCCAGUUUGACGUCCUCGUCAUGCCCAACCUGUAUGGAGACAUUCUGAGCGAUCUGUGUGCCGGUCUGAUCGGAGGACUCGGAGUCACUCCCAGCGGGAACAUUGGAGCAAACGGAGUCGCCAUAUUUGAAUCGGUGCAUGGCACCGCCCCUGACAUUGCUGGCAUGGAUCUGGCGAAUCCCACUGCCCUGCUGCUCAGCGCCGUCAUGAUGCUGCGUCACAUGGGUCUGCACGACCACGGCAACAAGAUCCAGGCGGCCUGUUUCGACACCAUCAGAGACAAGAAGGUGCUGACAAAGGACCUGGGAGGAAACUCCAAGUGUUCAGAGUUUACAGAUGAGAUCUGCCGUCGCGUCAAGGAUCUGGAAUAAGGCUGCGGUGAUGAAGCUGCUGUGGGAGCCCAAGUCUCCACCAAUCUGAACCACUUCCAUCACCAGUCCACUCGCCUACUCCCCGCGCCCCCGUCUCUCCCCUGGCUGGUUUUAUCUCUCUGGAGCUGCAGGGUGACGGUCUGCUGGGAGCUGCAGUUUAGUUUUUUAUUUCACCUGUAUUUACCUGUGUUUGAAGCUGUCUUUGCUGUAAUGAGAUCAUGAUGUGGAGGGGGCGGGGCUCUGCAGCAGCUACCUGUGUAAGUCAGAUGAUGAAACAUUCUCAGAAAACACACGCACAACUUUGACAUGACCAAGGUGGAAUGAAAUGAUUUCAGGAGUGUUUCUUACUGAAAACAUCAUUAUAUUAAUAAUAGUAAUAGAAAUAAUAUCAGCACUCCACCUGUGUUGUCUGGACGGUUCAGAUAUUUGCUAUUUUUUUAACGGUGGUCCAUUGUAACCGUGACUUAUUUAUUGUUUCUACUUCCUGUUACUGUCUCAUGCUGCUCUCUUCAGUUUUACAGAUGCAGAAAUAUAAGAAGGUUUAUAUAAAGAACAUUAGAGCCAGACCUCCGCUCCUGUCUCUCUACUGUCUUUAAUACAUUUCUAUUAACAACACAGACACAAACAUGCAGCUUCUCUGGCUUUAUCUUAUCAAGUGCUUUAAUAUAAUAUUCAUCAUCCAUUAAAAAGGGCUUUUGAAAAGAUAAAACAUGACUUUCUGAUCUGCUGGAUGUGAUGUUUCCUUAACAGUAAAAAUAAAUUUGGCGAGUGUCAGAUUGGAGGAUUAAAGAACCUGCUGGAUGUA